ACAAGGGCAGGACCGCAUCCCGGAGCUGCCUGAAGCAGCUAGCUCUUUAAUCAGACUUAACCAUUAGUUAUUUGGUUAAUACACCAAAGAGAGCGUCUCGGAGUGUUGCUAUCGAGGUUACUGGACAGCCUCAGCUGGAAAUCUGAGUCUAAAUCGGGAGGCGAGACAUCUCAGAGAGGCUGCCGACACCGCGGAGAAAGUGACGGACGGAGCAGAGGCUGAUCACCGGGAUUUUACAUCGCAUCGCACCAGUUUAGGAUAUUCCAGGCAGCUGCUUUGGCCCAGCCUUGAUUUCUUUCAGGGUACCUUCACACAAUAUUGCCUAGAUAAUAUUACAUAAAUAAUAUUUGCUUGAUAUAUUUCACAUAAGGUCGUGUUUGAGCAGGCGGACCACUUUAAACCCAUGCGUAACAGCGGUGGAUUUGGGAAUACUGCGUAGCAGUUCAACCAUCCAGUCAUCCGAUUAACAGUUUGGUAAUUUGGAGGUAUCUACAAGCGAGAGGAAGAGCAACCAGGACCCUUUACUUUGUUCCGGAGGCUAAACCUUAAAAACCCGAAGCGCACUCGGUGCGCAAUUCUUCCGAGGACGCUCCUGAAAUUGCCGACCUGCGCUUUUGCCCUCGACAAAAAUUGGCAGCCGAGUCGAGAAAAAAGGCAAAGCUUAUUAACUUUGCAUGCUAGAGGCUAGAGUGUGGAAUCUAAUUCGCAGGGUUACCGGUGUAUUUGCAUACCAUCGGAAGAGGAGGAUAAACUUAAUCAACAUUUGACAUCGACAAAGCGGCUGCUGGAUUUUGGAGAACAGAAUGAAUCCUUUUUAAUUUGGACCACAGAAGUAUGAGGCAGAUUGCUCAGUGAAUGCUACAAUCUGCAUGGAGUUCUAGUCUGCACUACGGAGCAAUUUAUGGACGGUUUCAUAGACAGGAGACGCGGUUGAAUGGCUGUGUGGAUGUGCUGUUUGAAGCUGCAGAGUGACUGGCCUGGACUGUGCUCUGAACCCAUGUCAACCGUGCUGCCCCAGUGCAGGUUGGCCGCAGAACUCCCCCGGCUGUAGUACUGUGCCCACCUCGCCAUGCUGGCCUGUCUGCAGAGGAGGCAAAACCCUCCACCCCAGCACCCAGUGUGUGCCAGCAAGACCCUGGAGCCACCGCAAGCCCUUGGAAGGAAAUGUGAGCUGGUGGUGCCUACACACUCCCCCCGCUACCCCACUGCGGCAGAACUUGAUGCCUACGCUCAGAAGACGGCCAACAGCCCUCUUUCCAUCAAGAUCUUCCCCACUAACAUCAGGGUUCCCCAGCACAAGCACCUUAACCGGACUGUGAAUGGAUAUGACACCACAGGACAGCGCUAUAGCCCCUAUCCACAUCUCCAUACAGGGGGCUACCAGGGCCUGCUCGCCAUCGUCAAGGCCUCUUCCUCAUCGUCGUCAUCAUCAACCUCCACCUUUCUCCCUUCAAAAGGUGUUCUCAAGAACUCAGAAGGCAGACGGACUAAGCUCUCUCCUGCCCACAUAGCUGUUGCCCCAUACCCGCCCCCUAGUAGUAGCACUUUAGCCAGUGGCCACGGCCAAAUGGUAUACCACACUGGGCCCUCAAAGCCUCCAGAAGGCCCCGGGCUGUCGGUUCCCCCUAACGUCACUGUAGCUGGCUCAGUGAUUCCUGUAACAGGGGGCCGAGGCCUGGCCCUGCCCGCACAGUCCAACCUCCCCUCCAUCCAGAGUAUCAUUUAUCAGAUCAACCAGCAUUGCCAGGCCCAGGCUCUGCAGCAGGUGUGUCAGGGAGCUGCAACUGCACCAACAAAUUCCAGCCCCUCCAAGCAGGGCACAAUUGUCAUGGGGGUCUCUUCUAGCUCCUCAGGUGGAGGCUACGUGGUAGGAAUGGGUCCCCAGGCUAACAUGGUAUACACAGGCCCUGGGCUGCCGGCUCAAAAUGCAGAGGCAAUGAAGACUGGGGUGUACGCAGACGGUAUGGACUACAUCCUCUGGCAGAAACAGCAACAACAACAACAACAACAACAACAGCAGCAGCAGCAACAGGCUGUGCUCCGCAUGUACAGCGGAGGCAGCGGAGGAGGGGGCGCCAUCAGCAAGUCCCCUGAAACAUGUGUUCCAGGGGGAGGGAUUAUGGCUGCACAAGUCUCCUCCUCUUCCUCCAGACCUUACCACCUGACAGCGAGUGCCAGCGGAGGAGGCGGGAUGGACAAAGUCAGCUCUUCCCCUUUGAACUGUGUGGGUAUGCAUGGAAAUUUCUCAGUGGGUCAAUACUUUGCCCCGCCGUGGAACAGUGUGCUGGUGACACCUGACAGUGACUGCUACAACCCCCAGGAGCUUUUGGGCACCUCUACAGGGGGGCCGGUCACAGGGCACAGAGAAAUGGGCUACCCCCACCACCAUCACCACUAUCACCACCACCAUCAUCACCCUGCUAUAGACAGCGGGGGAGGUUUGUGCUGCAGCCUGCCCAGCAAGAGCUUGUGCAACACGUCUGUGCUGAGCAGCAGCUUGCAGUCUCUGGAGUACCUGAUCAACGACAUCCACCCACCCUGCAUCAAGGAGCAGAUGCUUGGCAAAGGCUACGAGACUGUGUCUGUGCCACGUCUGUUAGACCACCAGCAUGCACACAUCCGCCUCCCUGUUUACAGAUAGAGGGGGAAGAAGAGGAGGAAAAGAAUCAAGUUGUGAAUUUGUGAAGAAAAUCAAAGUUAAAGAACAGAGAUGGGUUUUUUUGGGGGGGUUGGGGGGGGGGGGGGAUACAGAAUUGUUGAGAGUGGCACUGCUUUAACCAGUGUGGGAGCUUAGAGAAGAGCAGUUGUUGUGCUGUGUGACCCUAGGUUUGGUGGUUUCAAGGCAGGCUGUGUGAAUCCCAAAUAUAUGACAGGUGGUGGUGAUUGCCAGUGGGAGAGAAAAGGGAUUUCAAGAUUCUCCAGAUGUUCCAUUGUGUGGUUUGCCAAUAGGAAUUUUGGAUUGAUUUAUUUGUCCUUCUGUUUUUUUUUUUUCUGUUGUUGUUGUUGUUUUACUUGCCUGAACUUUUGUGAUGAGAAUCAUAGCUUGACAUGAAGUGCAUACGCCACUCAUAUCCCCCUUACAAAUACUAAGGAUGAAGCUACUGUGUAGGUUGUCACUGAAACGGUCUUAAAAUGGCCAAAGUUUAGGGCUGCUCACAAAAUCCAAAACUCUGAAACAGUACGCAGACACACACACACACACACACACAGACGGAUGAUCACACACAGAUACACAAAUGUACUGAUACAUGAGAAGAAUAAAAUUAUAGGCAGUACUCGGGUGUUAUGUACAAGGAUCAUAAGGUUGAAUUAAAAGGAUAGUACAAUAUUAGUUAUUAUUGCUGUUAUAAUUGAUACAUAAAUUGCACUGCUUGAAUCUUGUUAACUUUGAAGUUUGGAAUUGGGUAGUUUGGAUAUGAUAUAUUUAAGAAACUUGAAAAACUUGAACCUAUUUUUUGUUGUUUUAUAUAUUUGUAGGUAUAUUAUAUGCAUUGGCUGCUAUGGGGAAAAGUGUCUCGAAAUGCUUUUUUUUUUUUUUUUUGUUUGUUUUUUUUUUCUUGCUUUUUUUCCACUUUGGUUUUUAUGAUUUAAUUAUUAUUCCUCCUCAAGCUAAUGUGCAGUUUCUUAUGUCCUGGUGUGAGGCAUAGUCGCUGCUUUGGUUCUGUAAGAACCUGUCUGAGAGCUCUUUUUCCUAACCAACACUGGAAUCUACAAUAAAUCUUGAAAUACUUAUUUAAAAAGAAAAUGUCACAAAAAAUACAAGAAAAAGAAAUGUUACAAUGAAGAAUGUGAUUGGGAGGUUAUAUACAUAACCUAACGUGUAUGUUUAUGCGUGUAUGUGGCUGAGUGCAUGCGCGUGUGUGUGCAUUUUAGUUUGUGUUCUUCAAAAUCCUCAGACUUUUUUUUUUUUUUUUUUUUUAAAUUGUGUCAUUGCAAGAUUUCUACCACCAAGAUUAAAAAGCUGAUUCACCAGUCCCAUAAACAUCAUAUCUGAGUAAUGUACAGGAGAUCUUUUGCAAAUCUUGCUCCCUUUUAUUGGAGGCUUUAGAUACUCUCUGGAGCUGUAGUAGAGAUCAAGUUCUCACAAGACUUCUUUUAUAACUGUGCUUACGGUACUACAUCCCGCUUUUUCUGUCAGGUGUUAUCAUAAUGACAGAAACAGGUGGGGGAAGAAGGAAGUCCUAUUUUAGGGGUACUAUUCACCCUUAAUCCUGCAAACAAAAACAAAAUGAAAACAAUCAUGCCCUCUCCUCUGGCGUCAGAUGAAAUGAGACAAGGCUCACUGCUUUUCCUUGUCCAUUUUAGCCCCUGGUUGGGAUGCAUUUAGCCCGGGCCAGUCUUAACUUGAUGAUUCAGAGCAUUGAAAUAUUUAUUAUGACUGUGAGAUUCCCUUGAAUGUACUGCACUUAAAUUACUGCGAUGUUUUAUUGCCUUGUGGGAUUCAAGUGAAAGAGAAAAAUUGGAUCAGUGCAGCAGUCCUCUGGUCUUAAAUUAGCAUUUCUUUUGUCAGUCAAAUUUCAAUGGUAAAUUGAAUUUAUUAACUGGAGAGAGAACCGGAGCUUUGUUGUGGGGAAAUACUGGCAUCAGUCUAGAUUUAUGAAGUGCAAUUAUUAUGACUGUAUUAACAUUUUUUCUCUGAGCUUACACCAAAAAAUGUAAACUACAGUUGUCAAUACAUUCCCAAUGUACCACAUCCCUAAUCCCUAUCCUUUUUUGUUUUGAGGUGUAAAAUAAAUUUCUUUAAGAAUAUA